AUGCCGCAGUCGAUCACUCUCUGCACUGCGCUGUCGGCAAGUGCGCGCCGGGCCCUUCGGAUAGCCGGGUAUGAAACCACGGACGACCUCGCGAACGAACAUACCUCUGAAAUUCUGGUCAUUUCCGCGGGCUAUCUAUUCUCUGGCGCAGAGCUCGGCCUACCUGUAUCUGAAUGCGACGGCAUCUUGGAAGCCACGCAGCGCACCAAGCGUGACAUUGUGCCCUCAAGCCAGCCUGCAUCGCAGUUGAUGGGCGCCGAAUACCGCUUCCCCUGUCCGAAGUACGCGUUUAUGGACAGGUUACUUCCAGGGGGUCUUUCUCCCGGGCAGAUCGUGGAAAUCUCCGGGCCUCCUGGAACGAUGAAAGACUCAGUAGGGCUCGAGUAUGUACGGAGCGCCCUCACCUUCGGCAAAGAGGUUAUCAUAAUUGAUUUGCAAAAUAUGAUCACCGCAGGCAUACUGCGGAACCUGUUUCAAAUUGGAUACAAUGCCCUCAUACGGUAUCUGCACAUAGGGAGCCUUCCCGAGCUCAUGGUAUUUUUGCGUAAUCUGCCGUCUUACGUUGGCACAAACACUGCCCUUCUCAUGAUUAGUUCCGUCCACUUUCCGUUUCAGCACCACACUCAAUUACGGGGCCCAAAACGCGGGGCACUUCUCAAAGUCAUCAAACACGCCCUUCUUCCCGCCUGCACUCGCGGUCUCGCUGUCAUCACGACGUCUCAGAUGUCUACCAAGAUGCUUGAUCAGAACGGAAGGCUGGCGAACUUUGAGACAGGCGUCAAGAGUGUUUUGGUUCCCCAGCUCGAUGGGGGCUACCUCCCUGCAGGAUGUACCCACCGUGUAGUGCUCGUGCCGAAUUCACCUCGAACCGGGCAUGUAGUUGCUCGUGUCCUAUCUGCACCAACACUUCAGCCGGAUCAGAAAGGCCCCGAGGCCGCGUACGAGAUUGUGAGCCGCCGUCUUUCUCAUUCAUGCGAGGGUCUAGGCAUCCCGCCCAUUAUUGCAACCAAUUGA